GCGGAUCAGAAGGAAAAUAAACCCUUCGUUAAGGCCCACCACUUACAGUUGGAUUUAGAAACAUCAACGGGUGAGAUCGUAUCUGUUCGAUGCCAUAAUUGCGAAAAGGAUAAAGAAAAAUGUCAAAAGGUCCACGCAUUUCUUUUGUGGAUCCAACAAAAGCAGAAGGAAGUUUGGAAAGACGUUUCAAAUGACGAGCCCUGUGAUACUAAGAAAAUAAAACGCGAACGUCGCCCCGAUAAUGUGCUAAGACCCGUAAGCUUCAGUAACGAUCCAGAAGAGGUAGCUCCUCUUCCCGCAUUGCCAAAACUGAAAAAAGAAACCGUGGAGAUUUCCCCUGUGGAAUUGGAAUCUGCCAUGAAACUUUCAAUGUUCAAUCUCAUAAGAGAAUUCCAAGGUGAUGAUCCAGUUGCUUUUCUCGAGUUUUGCACCAAAAGAAUGCAGCAAGAAAACUGUUCCAAUGCUCAAUUGCUCACUGUUGAGCAAGCCGAUACCGAUUUGUGGCAUGAACUGAGAAAAGGUCGAAUCACGGCUUCCCGAAUGCACGAAGCUUCGCGCUGUACCAUGCUCAAUGGUUCCCUCACCAAUAAGAUAAUGGGUAUAAGUUCCGGGUUUUCGUUUGCCAUGCAACGAGGAACUGACCUGGAGGGUCAUGUCUUCAACGUACUCAAAAAGCAGUAUCCAUCGUUACGCAACACCGGUCUAGUUCUUGAUCCUCAAUUCCCAUGGAUGGGUGCCUCUCCGGACGGAAUUGCCGAUGACUUUGUGCUGGAAAUCAAAUGUCCCUAUACGCCGAACACCUUUGCCUGUUAUAUCGACGUUAAUAAGCUGUCGAAGAAAUAUUUCGCCCAGAUUCAGCUACAAAUGCACAUGACCCACCGUACCAAGGCUCUGCUGGGGGUUGCUGCGCUAGACUUCGAGCGUUCCAGGAAAGUGACACAGGUUUGGAUCGAUUACGAUAAGGAGUACGUGGACGGCGUCAUGGAGGAAGCGUUCGAGUUUUGGAGCAAAGGUGUUUUCCCGGCGUUGAAGAGAAAACGCAAGACCAAGAAAUGACUGCAUUUCGAGAUUUCGAAACUUGGAUCUCAUUUUUUGCUAUCUCAUGUUUUUUUUUUCAAAUUACUUACUCAUAAGUGAAUAACCAGUGCAUUUUAACUUACUGUUUUUUUUCUACUUUUUUUCGUUUUG